GCCCUGUAUUUAAACACCGGCAUCAUCAAGCGGCAGUAACCGCUCGCCGGUAAUAUUAGCUGUGGCUUGUGUGUGACCUAGUCGGAACAUUGUUCUAGUUAACCGCAUAAAAUGGAAGCUUUUUACGGUCUUUGGACGGUUGAUCUUAGCAAGACAUCUGGAAUCGCUGAGAUCGGAAAGCUUUUCAGAUGGACAGAAGAUAAAAUUCAAGUAUUUUCUACAACGGGUUAUACGUUACUGAUCGAGGCGUCAGGAGAUGGAAAUAGGUGUCUUGUGGACUAUGGUGUCGUCAAGAUGGAAUUUAACUUUAAGUUAGGAGAACCAUUCGAUUACACGGGAUUAAGUGGGGUUAAGGCCAAGUGUACGGUUGAAUUAACAGGAUCUGGUCUAGUGGAAAACUAUAGCAGCGCUGAAGGGGCAACAUGGAAGACGACAAGGGAAGUAACUGGAAAUAAAAUGAAAGCGACUACAGUGUUUGGAGGGCAAGAGAGUGUUAAAUGUGUGCAAGAAUUCAAAAAGAACUGAGAAUUUAAAGUUUUUUCUUAUCACCAUUGCUUCAAUUAUCUCAUUGUAUCAAUCCACCAAUUGGUUUAUUAUUUACCCAGCUUUGUUUUUAUCUAAUUUGUGUUCACUUGUCUGGAAGACUAAAAUAUAGUUGUACUGAACAGCUCAAUAAUUUACAAAUAUUAAAAAUUAAUCUGGUCUUCACAUGUAUGAUUUAUCUGGCCAGUAUGUAAGCAGUCUGUGUAAACAGCCAAUCAGCUUUUAAUAC